ACUUGAUCUAUAAAAAUUCGAAUUGGACAAUAAUUUUGGGACAAAAUUUUUUGGGCAAAGUGCACAAUAAUUAUGGGACGGAGGGAGUACACAUUUAAUUGAAAAAAAAAAUUGUUUUUUUGUCCAUACAAGAACAUACAAGAACAUAUUUGGCUUCCUUUUUGUAACAAAAAAAAAAAAAAAGUGUUUUGGCUUCCUUUCCGUGAUCCACAACUAUCCAUUAGAAUGUUCCAAUGACGAUUUAAUUUUAUCUAAUUCUUGAAUACUUUUUCGAACCUCUUGAAACCAAUAACAUCAAAAUAAUCAAUGGGCAAAAUUGGCUUAGCGGUAUAAUCACUCUCUGAUCAUCAACCCGAAAAUGACUUCCGCUAAACUGUAACUCUGCCAUUUUCAUUCUCGCCUAAAACCAUUCCAGCGCCACGAAUCCCUUUGCACAACUUGUCCCACACUCCAAUUCUCAUUCUCCACAAAAAUCAUGGUUACAACAUGCUGAUCACCGAUUGUCUUUAUUAAUGAUCAUUUCAACAUUCUGUAUACAUCUGAUAAUUUGGACAUGGAUUAUAUUCCGUUUCGAAAUAAUUGUUUAUUUAGAUUCUCAUUUUUUUAAAAAAAUCGUAUUGAAAAAUCACAACAAUCAUUUUUUUUUUUAUUUUUUAUGUUUUUGGAAUAGAAGAGAGUACUUAUUUUUGGACAUCCCUUAUUUGAUAAGUAUGGCAACUCAUAUGAAAAAUGAAUAAUGAUGACAUCAAGGAUGAAAACCGAUCAGAUUUGUCCCAAAUCAUUUUCGAGUUUUUGGCCACAAUAUCCUCCUCUUGCACACUUUCCAAAGCUGGGCACAAGGACCAAAAUUUUAGCCCAUAUCCUUAGAACUCCAUCACUGCUGCUGCUGCAUCAUCACCAUCAUCCUCUUAUGGCUUCUUCUGACGUGCAUAAUUCCAUCAAUUUUCUAACAUUUUGCCACAACCAUGACAUCCCUCGUAGCUAUCCGCUUCCUACACAAAUCCCAAUCCUUUCUUUCCCAUACCAUUUAUAUAUAUACUGGUGUUUGCUUGUUUCGUCUUCUGCAAUUUUUUUACUCAUUUUCAGCUCAUUGCUUUGAGUGUUUGUGGAAAGGUCUAAGAGAGAAAAAUGUUGGGUUUUGGAACUUUCACUCAUUCCAAUACAUCGACUGGAAGAAAGCCUGGAAUGGGCUAUGAUGUGCCGGAAGGAGUUGAUAUCAGGGGACGAUAUGAUCCCGAGUUUGCUACUGUUCUUACCAAGGAAGCUUUGCAAUUUGUUGUUGAAUUGCAAAGAGAGUUCAGGAACCAUAUCAAGUAUGCUAUGGAUUGUAGGAAGGAGGCAAAGGUGAGAUAUAAUAAUGGAGCAUUGCCUGGGUUUGAUCCAGCUACUAUGUAUAUUAGAGAUGCUGAAUGGGUUUGUGCAGCUGUUCCACCUGCUGUUGCUGAUCGGAGGGUUGAGAUUACAGGGCCAGUUGAGAGGAAAAUGAUCAUCAAUGCUCUCAACUCUGGAGCCAAGGUUUUCAUGGCUGAUUUUGAGGAUGCACUUUCACCAACUUGGGAGAACCUUAUGAGGGGACAAGUUAACCUGAGAGAUGCUGUUAAUGGAACUAUAAGCUUUCAGGACCCAGCUAGAAACAGAGUUUACAAACUUAAUGACAGAACAGCCAAGCUUUUCGUACGCCCAAGAGGCUGGCACUUACCCGAGGCUCAUAUUUUCAUUGAUGGCGAACCUGCCACUGGUUGCUUAGUUGACUUUGGUCUUUAUUUUUUCCACAACUACGCUGCUUUUCGCCAAAAACAAGGCGACGGUUUUGGUCCCUUUUUCUAUCUCCCAAAAAUGGAACACUCAAGAGAAGCUAGAAUAUGGAACAAUGUAUUUGAGAGGGCAGAGAAAAUGGCUGGCAUUGAAAGGGGAAGUAUCAGAGCUACUGUUCUAAUUGAAACACUUCCAGCUGUAUUUCAAAUGGACGAAAUCCUCUAUGAGCUUAGAGAUCACUCUGUUGGUUUGAACUGUGGAAGGUGGGAUUAUAUAUUCAGCUAUGUGAAGACAUUCCAAGCUCAUCCAGAUCGGUUACUGCCCGAUAGGGUUCAGGUAGGAAUGGCUCAGCACUUCAUGAGAAGUUACUCUGAUCUACUCAUCCGGACCUGUCACAGGCGUGGAGUGCAUGCAAUGGGAGGAAUGGCAGCGCAGAUUCCAAUUAGAGAUGAUCCAGCUGCUAAUGAGGCAGCCCUUGAGCUGGUGAGGAAGGACAAACUACGAGAGGUCAAGGCUGGACAUGAUGGAACAUGGGCUGCCCACCCUGGACUAAUUCCGGCCUGCAUGGAAGUCUUCACCAACUACAUGGGCAACUCUCCGAACCAAAUUGAAACCAUGAAGCGUGUAGAUGCUGCAACUGUGAGCGAGGAAGACUUGUUACAGAUCCCAAGAGGUGUCCGAACCUUGGAUGGCCUCCGACUCAAUACUCGAGUUGGCAUCCAGUAUUUAGCCGCGUGGUUAACAGGAACUGGAUCGGUCCCUCUUUACAAUUUAAUGGAGGAUGCUGCAACUGCUGAGAUUAGCAGAGUCCAAAACUGGCAAUGGUUGAAGUAUGGAGUUGAAUUGAAUGGUGAUGGACUGGGAGUGAAGGUGACCUUGGAUCUCUUCGGAAGAGUUGUUGAAGAUGAAAUGGCCAGGAUUGAAAGAGAAGUUGGGAAGGAAAAAUUCAGGAAAGGCAUGUACAAAGAGGCUUGUAAGUUGUUCACACAGCAAUGCACAGCACCAACUCUGGAUGACUUCUUGACACUCAAUGCAUACAAUAACAUUGUCAUCCAUCAUCCAUCAGGAUCUUCCAGGCUCUAAUGUGGCUAUAUUAUUCAGCCACGAACUGGAGAGUUCAUGGUGUUUCUUCCAAGAUUUAAUCGUUCCUUCUGUUCUAUUUGUCAUUGCUUAGUCCUUGGUUCACACUGUUCUGAAAAUAAGUGAUAUUUUUAUUUCUUGAAAUAAUUAAGUAGUUGGAUCUAUUUGUACUGUUGAUGCUAAUGAUGCUUUCUUCGAGUAUGUAUUUGCAUGUUGACUGCUGUAAAUGCAAAAUUAUGAUAAUUAAUAAAGUACAUCCAAUGAGUUGGUUUUC